UCUCUCUUGAAAGACCUCUCUCUCUCUCUCACUCUACUCCUUACCACUCCGCUCUAUCAGAACUCUUUUCUCGAUCAGAUCUCGAAACUAUCAUGAAACGAAGCAUGGACGUCUCAGAAAAUCGAUUUUUUGGAGGCAUUUCUACCCAAGCGAUGCGUAGUCUUCUUCCAAGAUCCGUCUCUAACAAGCAGAAGACUAACUCUACUUAUUUCAAAUCCAGAUCCGACAGAGAAAACACCCCUCCGCCCGAUCCCAACAUUCAAAUCCAUAAUGGCACUGCCUCUCCUUCGAUUGCUAAAAGAUCACCGGAAAAACCAGUGAAUUUCCAGAAACAGAGCACAACAUCCGUAGAUCAAGAAGUAACUUGUGUUCCUUCUGAUCCGUCGGUUAAGAUUGUGGUGAGGAUUAAACCAUUCAAUGGUCAAGGGAGACGGGAAGAUUGGGCUGUCCAGAAAAUUUCUUCUAAAGCAUUAACCGUUGGGGACCGAUCUUUUACCUUUGACUCAAUUGUUGAUUCGGGUUCUUCUCAGGAAGAUGUUUUUCAGUUAAUCGGUGUACCUUUGGUAAAAAAUUCAUUGGCGGGUUUCAAUACGUCGAUUCUUUCAUAUGGACAGACUGGAAGCGGAAAAACUUACACAAUGUGGGGUCCGCCAAGUUCCAUGGUUGAGGGGCACUCCUCCAGUCGCAACCAAGGAAUUGUCCCCCGGAUCUUCCAGAUGCUGUUUUCUGAGAUUGACAGACAACACGAGAACUCUGAUGGGAAACAGAUAAAUUACCAAUGUCGUUGUUCUUUUCUGGAGAUAUACAAUGAACAGAUCAAUGAUUUACUUGAUCCAACGCGGCGGAACCUUGAGAUAAGGGAUGAUGCCAAGAAUGGUUUCUAUGUUGAGAAUCUCUACGAGGAAUAUAUGACUAGCUAUGAGGACGUAGCACAAAUUCUGAUCAAGGGGCUUUCAAAUCGAAAAGUUGGUGCAACAAGCAUAAAUUCCAAAAGCUCUCGAUCUCAUAUCAUUUUUACUUGCAUCAUCGAAUCUUGGUGCAAGAGCACCUCAUCAAAGUGCUUUAGCAGUUCAAAAACAAGCAGAAUUAGUCUAAUUGAUCUUGCUGGUUCGGAAAGAAAAGCACCUGAAGAUGCUGGUAGACAGUGUAUGAAGGAAGACAAAAAUGUGAAGAAGUCUCUUUCACAGUUGGGGCACUUGGUGAAUAUUCUUGCAGAGGGUGCUGAAUCUGGGAAGAAGGAUAUUCCGUACAGAUCUUCAUGUUUAACACAUUUACUGCAGGAAUCACUUGGAGGCAAUGCCAAACUCACAGUUAUCUGUGCCAUUUCGCCAGAUGUCAGAUGCAAAGGUGAAACACUAAGCACACUAAGGUUUGGACAACGAGCAAAAUGCAUACAGAAUGUGCCAGUGAUAAAUGAAAUAAGAGAGGAUGAUGUAAAUGAUCUUAGUGACCAGAUUCGUCAGCUAAAGGAAGAACUUGUAAGAGCAAAGUCAAGCGUGCACAACUCAAUUGGUAAUCAAAGCGGAUACUUUAAGGGGAGAAAUGCUCGUGAAAACUUAAACCAGCUGAGGUUAAGUCUUAACCGCUCUCUAAUCUUACCUCGCAUAGACAAUGACUCCGAUUCUGAAGAAAUAAAUGUUGAUGAGGAGGAUAUAACAGAACUGCGUGUUCAGCUAGAAAACCUGCAUGAUUCCUGCAAAGAUAACUCAACAGAACCACCUGAGGAGAAAAUUCAGAUCCAGUUGUCUUCCUGUAAAGGAAGUUCUGAGGUAGAUAUUGCCAGUGAACUUGAUACAAGCCCCUCCACUGAAGAAUGCAACAUUGCAAAAACUACCAUCAGGCAAUCUGGGACAGAACAGUCCCACAAGGACAAUUGUGGAUCUUUGGAGAAUCCUCCUGCUCUGUCAGAUACUGCAAAUAUGGCUAACCCUGCAUUGGCAAAUAGCCUUUUGAUCAAACCAUGCCAACGAUCUGCAGUCCUUCAGGAUCCAACCUUGUCCGAGUCUCCUAAAUUUGUAAACACCCAGAAGAAAAGCAUGGGCAGAGUGUCAGAUCUAUUGGCAUCUGAAAACCACACAUCAGAGAGUCCCAAGUUCAAUCCGGAAGUCUUGAGACAGUCACUUAAAAGAAAUGAUCAUGUUUAUUCAUCCUUGCGGGCAAGCAACAUAUUCUCACCCACUGAGUCCUUGGCUGCCAGCCUUCACAGGGGCUUGCAGAUUAUCAAUCAUCAUCAAAUGAACUCGGCAUCAAAUAAGUCAUCGAUUUCCUUCUCUUUUGAGCACUUGGCGCUGAAACCGAGUCAAGAAGUUGACAAAGCUGAUGCAGGUGUUCAGACAUUGCCAGAAGUGCAACCAUCUCUUGAUGGACCCACUGUUUAUUUCCUGUGUGCCUCUUGCAAACAAAAAAAGUUUAAUGGUUCAAGCAAAAUCCAGGAUAACUUUAAUAUGUGGAUCAUGCCAGUAGAGAAAGCAGGGAUUGAUCAAUCAACAACUGAAAUGCCUAAAGACAUCGAAAUGGUUUCAUCAACAGACACGGUAAGAGAGAAAGAUCUUGAAAAUCUUUGUGCAGAACAAGCAGCAAAAAUCGAGCAACUAAAUCGACUGGUUGAGCAAUACAAACUCGAGAGAGAACACAGUUCCACCGCAGAACAGGGUCAGGUUAUCAGUGCUAUUUGUCCUGAGGCCUUAACAAAUGAUGAACCGAAAUUGUUGGAAAACAAUAAUAAGCUUCUGAGGUACAAUCAAGAGAACCCAGAGAAAUGUGAGCCAACGGAGCUAAAGGAAGAGAUUGAUCAUGAGUUUAGAGAGGCGUUCUUUGACAUAAACGAGAGAGAAAAGCUUCUUAUGGAAAUUCAAAGUUUAAAGAGGAAAUUGCAGUCAUAUACAAAUUCUUCCUUGAACGAAUCAAUCGAGAGACAAAGUUCCUCUCUGUUAUUACUAUCAAGCCAACCAAGAAAUGUAGAUUCCCAUGGCAAGAGUGAUGAAGAAAUUGAUAAGGAAAGACAGAGGUGGACAGAGAUGGAGAGUGAGUGGAUAUCUUUGACCGAUGAACUUAGAAUUGAUCUUGAAUCAAAACGUCGGCAUGCUGAGAAGGUAGAGGCGGAAUUGAGGAUAGAGAAAAAAUGCACGGAGGAGUUGGAUGACGCACUACAAAGGGCUGUCCUAGGCCAUGCUAGAAUUGUUGAACACUAUGCUGAGCUGCAAGAGAAGCACAACGAAUUGCUUGGAAGGCAUCGGAUGGUCAUGGAAGGGAUUGCUGAAGUGAAGAGGGCAGCCGCAAAAGCAGGAACCAAGAAGGGUAGUGGUUCUCGUUUUGCCAAGUCACUUGCUGCAGAACUUUCAGCCGCGAGAAUGGAGAAGGAGAAAGAAAGGGAAUACUUGAAAAAGGAGAACAGGAGUCUCAAAAUUCAACUUCGAGACACUGCAGAAGCUGUUCAUGCUGCUGGGGAACUCCUUGUGAGAUUGAGGGAGACAGAAGAAGCUGCCUCUGUGGCAGAAGAGAACUUUAUGAGAGUUCAGGAAGAGAAUGAGAAACUAAAGAAGCACAUGGAGAAAUUGAAGAGAAAACACAAGAUGGAGAUGGUCACCAUGAAACAGUACCUUGCAGAGAGCCGGUUGCCAGAAUCUGCUUUGCAACCACUAUACCAACAGGAUUCUGAUAUAGCAGACAGCAAGACAACUCCAUUUCCCGAUGAUCAGGCAUGGAGAGCUGAAUUCGGAUCAAUAUAUCAAGAGCGUUAUUAAUUAAUUCGGAUCAAUAUAUAUGAGUUCUGCGAGACAGUUCCAGUUCAAACCCAACUUUGCCACUCAGCCUGCUUCUGACCCUACUUGGGUUGGAGCAAUUAGACGGAUUACAUGUGAUGGAUACCAGUUGGCUUGAUUUGCUUUGGUGUGGAAGAAGAAUGUUUGUGUUUUAGUGUCUGAUCUACUUACUAUAACAAAGAUGUCAUUGUAUGCUAGAAUUCUUUGAAAAUCUGCAAUUCAAUCUCAAUUCUCACUCUAUGAAAGCUAUUUUCAUUCAA